CCAAUACUCUCGAGCGGGAAGGGGCGAACUUCGGGUUGAGGCAUAGUUGUGCGAGAGCUCCUUUCUUGAUUUUUUUUUCCGGAAGAGUACUGCCGGCGUUUUGGGUUCAGCGCCUCGAGACAAAAUGCUGAAGUCCAAAACUUUCUUAAAAAAGACGCGGGCAGGCGGCGUGAUGAAGAUUGUGCGUGAGCACUACCUGCGGGACGAUAUCGGAUGUGGUACGACCGGGUGCGCAGCGUGCGGCGGGGCGCACGAGGGGCCAGCCCUCGAGCCGCAGCCCCAAGACCCGGCGAGCAGCCUCUGCCCCCAGCCGCACUACUUGCUGCCUGACACCAACGUGCUGCUUCACCAGAUCGAUGUUCUUGAGGAUCCUGCCAUCAGGAAUGUAAUUGUGUUACAAACAGUUCUCCAAGAAGUGAGAAGUAGGAGUGCCCCGGUUUAUAAACGAAUCCGAGAUGUGACUAAUAAUCAUGAGAAGCAUUUCUAUACAUUCACUAAUGAGCACCAUAGAGAAACCUAUGUAGAACAAGAACAGGGAGAAAAUGCUAAUGACAGAAAUGAUAGAGCUAUUCGAGUGGCAGCGAAAUGGUACAAUGAACAUUUGAAGAAAAUGUCAGCAGAGAAUCAGCUGCAAGUUAUCUUCAUAACAAAUGACAGGAAGAACAAAGAGAAAGCUGUAGAAGAAGGGAUACCAGCUUUCACAUGUGAAGAAUACGUAAAGAGCCUAACUGCUAACCCUGAACUCAUAGAUCGUCUUGCUUGUUUGUCUGAAGAAGGGAAUGAAAUAGAAAGUGGAAAAGUAAUAUUUUCAGAACAUCUUCCCUUAAGUAAGCUACAGCAAGGCAUAAAAUCUGGUACCUACCUUCAAGGAACAUUCAGAGCUAGUAGGGAAAAUUACUUAGAAGCUACAGUAUGGGUGCAUGGAGAUGCGGAAGAAGACAAAGAGAUAAUCUUACAAGGACUUGGAAAUUUAAACCGAGCUAUCCAUGAAGAUAUUGUGGCUGUGGAGCUUCUCCCCAGGAGUCAGUGGGUGGCCCCGUCUUCUGUGGUUUUACACGAUGAAGGUCAGAAUGAAGAUAACAUGGAGAGAGAAGAGGAGAGAGAAAGCAUUCUUAAGACUGCUGUAAAUGAAAAAAUGUUAAAGCCUACAGGUAGAGUUGUUGGAAUAAUAAGAAGGAAUUGGAGACCAUAUUGUGGUAUGCUUUCCAAGUCUGAUAUUAAGGAGUCAAGAAGACAUCUCUUUACACCUGCUGAUAAGAGAAUCCCUCGAAUUCGGAUAGAAACCAGACAGGCUUCCACGUUAGAAGGACGGAGAAUUAUUGUUGCUAUUGAUGGUUGGCCCAGAAAUUCCAGAUACCCAAAUGGACACUUUGUAAAAAAUUUAGGUGAUGCUGGAGAUAAAGAGACGGAAACAGAAGUUCUGCUACUUGAACAUGACGUUCCCCAUCAGCCUUUCUCUCAGGCUGUUCUCAGCUUUCUGCCAAAGAUGCCCUGGGCCAUUACUGAGAAGGACAUGAAGUACCGAGAAGACCUGAGGCAUCUGUGUGUUUGCAGUGUGGACCCACCAGGGUGUACUGAUAUAGAUGAUGCCCUACAUUGUAGACAGCUUGAAAAUGGAAAUUUGGAGGUUGGUGUUCACAUUGCUGAUGUCAGCCAUUUCAUUAGACCAGGAAAUGCUUUGGAUCAGGAGUCAGCCAGAAGAGGCACAACUGUGUAUCUUUGUGAAAAGAGGAUUGACAUGGUUCCAGAGUUGCUUAGCUCUAACUUGUGUUCCUUAAGAUGUAAUGUGGACAGGCUGGCGUUUUCGUGUAUUUGGGAAAUGAAUCAUAACGCUGAAAUCUUGAAAACAAGAUUUACCAAAAGUGCCAUUAAUUCAAAGGCUUCUCUUACAUAUGCUGAAGCUCAGAUGAGAAUUGAUUCAACAACCAUGAAUGAUGAUAUCACCACUAGUCUCCGUGGACUAAAUAAACUAGCUAAAAUUCUGAAAAAACGAAGAAUUGAGAAAGGGGCUUUAACUCUUUCUUCCCCAGAAGUUCGAUUUCACAUGGACAGUGAAACUCAUGACCCUAUAGAUAUGCAGACCAAGGAACUUAGAGAAACAAAUUCCAUGGUGGAAGAAUUUAUGUUACUUGCCAAUAUCUCUGUUGCAAAAAAAAUUCAUGAAGAAUUUUCUGAACAUGCUUUGCUUCGAAAACACCCAGCUCCUCCUCCAUCAAAUUAUGAGAUUCUUGUUAAGGCAGCUAAGUCCAAGAAUUUGGAAAUUAAGACUGACACAGCCAAGUCUUUGGCUGACUCUUUGGACAAGGCCGAAUCUCCCACUUUCCCAUAUCUAAACACGCUGUUAAGAAUAUUAGCCACUCGCUGUAUGAUGCAAGCUGUUUACUUCUGCUCUGGAAUGGAUAACGAUUUCCAUCACUAUGGCUUAGCCUCCCCGAUAUACACACAUUUUACUUCACCCAUAAGAAGAUAUGCAGACGUCAUUGUUCAUCGGUUGUUGGCUGUGGCUAUCGGGGCUGACUCUACUUACCCAGAGUUGACAGACAAGCACAAGCUUGCAGAUUUAUGUAAAAAUCUCAAUUUCCGGCAUAAAAUGGCUCAAUAUGCCCAGCGUGCAUCAGUGGCAUUUCAUACCCAGUUGUUUUUCAAAAGCAAAGGAAUAGUGAGUGAAGAAGCCUAUAUUUUAUUUGUAAGAAAAAAUGCUAUUGUGGUAUUAAUUCCAAAGUAUGGGUUAGAAGGUACAGUCUUUUUUGAAGAAAAGGACAGACCAAAACCACGGCUUGUUUAUGAUGAUGAGAUACCUUCACUUAAAAUAGAAGAUACAGUGUUCCAUAUAUUUGAUAAAGUUAAAGUGAGAAUCAUGUUAGACUCAUCUAAUCUUCAGCAUCAGAAAAUCCGAAUGUCCCUAGUGGAGCCACAGAUACCAGGAAUAAGCACUGAUAUUUCAGACAUGGACAUUAAUGAACCAGAAAGAAAGAAGAAGAAGCUUCAAAAAUAGCUGCACACAACAAAAAAACUUCAAAGAUUAGUCUCCUUAAAAAAAAAAAAGCUUGAUAGAACACUUCAGCCUAAGAAGUGUGUGAUAUUUUUUGUUACUUUUAAGUAUAUUUUAAUAAUUUUAGAAUUUGCAUUUUUAUAGCACUGUUUACUGUGCCUGUCUCAUCAUGCUACUUGAUUUCUGGUUUGAACAGAACUAUUAAUGCAUAAAAAUUAAAUUGAAUAUCCAUCACUUAGUGACAGGAUAGCAGCUUCAGGGAUCUAGUAAAGAUCAUGUAAACGGAGCAUUCAUUUGCUCACUGGAGAGCAGAUUAAUUUUGUAUAAGUAAUUUGAUUAUUUAAUAUUAGUAGAAAAGACUCAUUUUUUGUGACUCAUGCAAUUAAGGAGAAAAUAGAAUAUCCUUAGAAGCAAAAAACCGUUUCUUUAUAAACCUGUCAGUAUGGCAGUUUUUAGAUUUCAAGAUAGUGAAGUCAAGCUCUGUUACAGAAUUCCGUAAUCUCCUUUGCCAUCUUCAAUUUACCUAAUUUAUGUCAAGUCUUCCCUCACUGUGUUAACAAGCCUCCUGUAUUGUGAACAGCUGGAAUAAAGCGUGAUCAUUGCCCUUGACCUUCAGUUAUAAUGUCUCCCCCAAAAUGAGGCAUUAGGGCUCAGAGAAAGAGUGGCGAUGGCAUUUUAUAUGUCUGAAUCAUGUUACUUAUAAAAUACAAAGCAGGUAAGUAAUGGCUUUUUAUCAGGUUAGGUAGGAAAGGGGUCAUUGUGUAAGGACAUUUUAGAAGGAAACAUUAAAAUUGAAGUAUUAUAAUUUGAUGUCUCAGAGUGACUACUUCCCUUGAAGUAGAGAACUAUAAUGAUUAAGUUGGUGUAUUCAAUAAUAUUUUGGGAUAGAAAAAAACCUUAAUAAACAUUUUACUCAGUUCAUUGAAUUUCUCAGGUACCUUCUGUAUAUCACGUUUAUCACUAUCUGCAGGGGACACAGUCAGGUAACAUCAUCGCUGCCUUCAAGGAGCUUACAGUUCAUAAGAAGAGACUGGCAAAUAAAUCAGCAGAUAAUGAAGAUUUCAGCCUAGGAAACCUAUGGGGCAGUUCUGCUGUCAGAGAGGGUUGCUGUGAGUUGGAAUUAAUUUGAGGGCGCAGAAACAAUACUAAAUGUUUACAGAUCAUUUAGGAACUCAGUAAUUGUUGAGUGAUUGUUCUCGUUUCCUAUCACGGAAGAAAACAUCCAUGAAUUGAGGCAGAACUUGUUUCAGUUGAAGGAAGAGAGCCUUGAGUAAUCUAGUAGGUGUAAGUAAAAUCGAUAGGUGAUAACAUGCUAGAGCAGAAGUCAGCAAACUUUCUCUGCAAAGGGCCAGAUAAUAAGCAUUUUAGUCUCUCCUGGCCAUAAGGUCUCUGUUGUAACCAUAGUACUCUGCUUGCUGUUGCAGUCCAAAAGCAGCCAUAAACAAUAUAUAAACAAAUGCACAUGGCUGUGUAUGGACAUGGAAGUUGCAAUUUAAUGUAAAUUUCAUGUGUCACAAAAGUAAUUUAAUAUUUUCCCCCCAACCAUUUAAAAAUUCUUGGUCUGUGGGUUGGCCAUAGUUUGCCUGUACUAGGAAAAAGGGGAGCUUCUUGGUUAAAGAAGUUACCUUUCCAAGUUUUCUUGUGCCUUGUUUAUGAGAAAGAAGGCCUAAUUCAUGCAUUAGUCCCUAUUCAGUAGUUCAAGAUCUGAAACCCUGUUAUUCACCCCUCGUAGUCCUCUUCCUCAGUAAACUAAAAUGAAUCACUUUUAAUGCUAAGCAGCUUACAUGGAGUAUUUCUCUUGAAGAUUGUCUUAGUUAUCUAGGGGCUGCUAUCACAGAAAAACCGAAAGUGGGUGGCUUUAACAAACAGAUGUAUUUUCUCUCAGUUUGGGAGGCUAGAAGUCCAAAUUCAGAGUGCUGGCUGGGUGGGAGCAGGGGAGAUUUCUCUGUCGGCUCUGGGGGAAGGUCCUUGUCUUCAGCUUCCGUUGAAAAAAAAAACUGUUGCUGUUGAGCUGAUUCCAACUCAUAGCAACCUUAUAGGACAGAGAACUGACCCAGAGAUUCCAAGGAGUGCCUUAUGGAUUCAAACUGCCGACCUUUUGGUUAGCAGCCAUAGCACUUAACCACUACGCCACUAGGGUUUCCAGUCCCUUGAAAAUCUCCAUGUGUCUUUGCAUUUAUUUUACCGUCUCUUGCUAGCUUGUGAUUUUUCAUUGUAUCUCAAGAGAUUUAAAAACACAUCCUACACUAAUCCUGUAUCAUUAACAGUCCAUUCCCAAAUGGGAUUAAAACCACAGGCAUAGAGGUCAGGAUUUAUAACACAUUUUGGGAGGACAUCAUAAGAAAGAUCAAAAAGCCCUCUUACAUAAUAUCAUUAUUCCCAUUUUAACAUGAGAAAAUUGAGGUUUAUGUCCCCAGAUCAAGAAAUAACUGGCAGAGGAAGGACUGGAAACCUGGUUGUAAUCACUAGUCUUUUUUUUCCCUUGGGGUAUAAUCUUUAUAUAGAGAGAAAGAGAAUACACACAACAGAACAUUCACCAACAGUUUCCACAUGUCUAAUUUAGUAAUGUGACAUUGAUCACACUCUUUGAGCUAUGCAACCAUUCUCACCCUUUUUCCUAGUUCUUCCCCCAUUAAUAACCACUGCCCCCUAAAUUUCCUGCUUAAUCCUUCGAGUUGUUAAUUUGAUCCCAUAUAGAUCUUAGAAGAGCACAAUGCUCAAGGCAGACAUUCUUUACUAGUUAAACCGUUGUUUGAAGACUUCAGGGGAUAUUUUUGGUGUAAGGUUUAAAGAUUGUCUUAGGGCAACAGUUUCAGGGGUUCAUCCAACCUUUCACGGCUUCAGUAAGUCUGAAGUCCAUGAAAAUUUGUAAUUCUGUUGCACGUCUUCCCCCUUUUGAUCAGGAUUCGUCUAUGGAUCAAAAUGUUCAGUAAUGGUAGCCAGGCACCGUCCAGAGGCAGUUGUUCAUGGAACCACCUAGCCACACAUAUUCCAUUUCUUCCUCCUAUUCCUGACUGUUCUUCCUCUGCUGCACCAGCAGGACAGAGACCAAUUGUUGUGCCUUGGAUGUGUAGUCUUUAUUUCUUGACAUGUGCUCUAAGAAUUGUAGGCAGGGUGACUCCUACCAUUAGGACCCAAAACUCCUCUUAGGUUCAGCAAUUGUUCUUAGUUUAUAUCAAGUCUAAAGCCUCUGUGAUUAAAUACUAAACUUCUUAAAGCAGUAACUUUGCCAGUGGACCUAAUGGCUAAUGGCUUUAAAGAUUACUGUGUUGGAGGAGAGGAUGAGCCAGGGACAUAAAAUGAAACAUUUUUUUGCAGAUCAGCAAUAAGCUAAAAAGAGUACAAAAAGGAGGAAAAUGACACAAUGAUAACAUGUCUUUAUUUCCUAGGGCUUCAUAUGAAUUAUUUCCUUUUGAAUGAGACAAUUGUAAAAAAAAAAAAAAAAAAAAUUAGUGAACACAAAUAUACAUUCUCCAAAAGAAAAGAAAUCCCAAAAAUGUCAUAGUAUACUUACUCUACUCCCAAUAUGGAAGUAAGUUUUUAAAAAAAUAUUUCUGCCUGACUAGUUACUUCAUAGGUCUAAGCCCUACAGGGACCCCACCACCAUCCCAGUCCCUAGUGUUUAUCAGUUCUGUCUCCCAUGUUCUUCUCCCUAGCCAACCAUGAUCAGUAGCUGGAGCUAGAAAGGACAUCCCUACCUUGGUAAUGGAUAUAUAUUUACUCUGGGCAUCCCACUUUUAUCCCACUGAUGUAACAAAGCAUGAUAGUAUGAUGCUGUUAGCACUACCUUUAUGUUACAUUCUUUUUUAAAAGUAGCAGCUACAGCAGUUAGCACCAAACUAAAAAUUUCCCCACAGAAGUGAACAAAUAAUUCAACAAUCAAAAUUUUAGGAAACCCGUUUAAGUCCUUUCUGCCUCUUUAAGUUUCAGUUUUAUCUGUAAAUUAGAUUUAUUCCUUUCAUAUAGGUUAUAUAUUUAAAUUCAUUUGUAUGUUCACAAGUUUUUAAUGCAAAUUAAAACCUUUUUAAUAGUGCCUUUAAUUUUAAUGUAUUUCUCCACAUUCUCAGAACUAUUGCUAAUUCAGUGCUGUCAAUAAGGCUUAAUAAGAAGUUCAUUGGUCCUACAGGAUAGGAGCAAAGUCAGCAGCUGCCACAAUUUAAAAAGCUGAAAUGUAUUUUUUAUUGUUAAACAAGGUUAUUACAAAAAUACUUAUUAAUAAAAAAUAAACUUCAGCAACUUGUUGAAGUUCCAGCUUUUCUGAUGUCCUGUAUCACUAAAUUAAGCCCUUGAUUUUUCACAUUGCAGAGGGAAGGAAAAAAGUGUUUAGCGUGUUGGUUGAAACAGUUUUCCCCCAUUACGAUUUCAUUGUUGAUCCUGUGCAUAAAAACCAUGCUCGGAGCUAUUCGGCCAGUCUUUGGUUCUGAGGGAGGUAUUCUAUGGACUGCUGCAUUGAGAAGGAUUUGCAGUUUUCCUCCAGCACCUCUGUGUUGUAUGGUCUUGCUGUGGAAGAAAAAGGAAAUACCUUCUUUUCAGUUCAAAUAGGGCCAUUCAAGGAUGCAGCUAGUACAUAAAACCAUUUUUACAACCUGAGUGCAGAUUGCCUUAGCUGAACUCUGAGGAAUAGUAAAGGUAUGGUUUUUCACAAAUCAGUAUCCCGUCUCAAAAAAAUGCUUACCUGGCUGUGUAGCUAGACCAUGAGGUGGCUCUUCUUGGUGGGCUGCUCAUUGAUGACCAUGUACCAUGAUUAUUUAUGCAGACCAGGGACUGACAAAUGACAGUCCCUGGCCAAUUCUUGCCUGCCUAUUGCUUCUGUACAGUCCACAAGCUAAGAAGAGGAUUUUGUGAUGUGAAAAUUAUAUAAAAUAUAAAUCUCGAAAUCCAUAAAUAAAAUUUUGCUGGAACAUGAAAAAAAAAGUCCUUACCUGUAUCUUAAUGCCUACUAAAUGUUUAAAUGGACUACAACUAAAGUCCUACCUCAUCAGACAGGAUAAACUAUCAAAAUCAACAGAAAGAAAGACAAAACGGAAGGGAACAUAAAAGGUGGUCUCCCCAUAUUUAAUCUUAAUAUCUGUUUGGAGACAUGUUCAGUUGCACAUUUCCUGAUGUUUAUAGUGUUUAUUAAGACAUGGGCUUAUAAAAUCAAAGAUUCUACUGACUAGUGCCUAAACUCACUAAACUCUCUUCAAGUAUGACUGUAUAGUUAUACUCAUCCGACCAGGAAGAAGGUUCUGUGAGUAUUCUAAUCAAGACUGUAAUACCUUUGUAUUGUACUAAAAAAAACUAUGUUAAAAAAAAAAAAAAGUUGCCAUCAAGUCAGUUCUGACUCAUGGUGACCCCA